UCUUUGCUUUUGCAGAUGGCUAUGACUACUUCCUGAUGUUCGUCGGCUCCGUCGGCGCCUGCGUGCACGGAGCUUCCGUCCCCGUUUUCUUCAUUUUCUUCGGACAGUUGAUCAACAUCAUUGGCUUGGCCUAUCUCUUCCCUAAAGAAGCUUCCCAUAAAGUCGCCAUGUAUUCGUUGGAUUUUGUGUAUCUGAGCAUAGUCAUAAUGUUUUCAUCAUGGACAGAGGUGGCUUGUUGGAUGCAUUCAGGGGAAAGACAAGCGGCAAAGAUGAGAAUGGCGUAUUUGAAGAGUAUGUUGAGUCAAGACAUCAGCAUCUUCGACACCGAAGCGUCCACCGGAGAAGUCAUUUCUGCUAUCACCACUGACAUUAUUGUUGUGCAGGAUGCUAUUUCUGAAAAGGUGGGCAACUUCUUGCACUACAUAAGCCGUUUCAUAGCAGGUUUCGCCAUUGGUUUCAUCAGAGUUUGGCAAAUCAGUUUGGUGACGCUGUCGAUUGUACCUUUGAUUGCUCUUGCUGGUGGUAUCUAUGCUUAUGUUGCAACUGGCCUUAUUGCCCGAGUCCGCAACUCUUAUGUUAAAGCCGGAGAAAUUGCUGAAGAGGUGAUUGGUAAUGUGAGAACAGUGCAAGCAUUUACAGGAGAAGAGAGGGCAGUUAAAUCAUACACAGCAGCACUGUUGAACACUUACAAGUAUGGGAAGAAAGCAGGGCUGGCAAAGGGUCUUGGACUCGGAACCUUGCAUUGCGUGCUUUUCCUUUCGUGGUCGUUGCUCGUUUGGUUCAACAGCGUUGUUGUUCAUAAGAACAUUGCCAAUGGAGGAGAGUCCUUCACGACUAUGCUCAAUGUCGUUAUUGCUGGCCUGUCACUUGGACAAGCCGCACCAGACAUCACAGCGUUUAUUCGAGCAAAGACAGCUGCAUACCCUAUUUUUGAGAUGAUUGAACGUAACACGGUGAGUAAGACCAGCUCCAAGUAUGGCAGGAAACUGAGUAAAGUAGAUGGUCACAUCCAGUUCAAGAAUGUCAUGUUCAGCUACCCGUCCAGGCCCGACGUGCUGAUAUUCAACAAACUCUGUCUGGAUAUUCCUGCGGGAAAAAUCGUGGCACUCGUUGGAGGAAGUGGAUCAGGGAAGAGCACCGUUAUAUCUUUGAUAGAACGCUUCUACGAGCCAUCAUCAGGACAUAUACUGUUGGACGGAACUGAUAUAAGGGAGCUUGAUCUGAAGUGGCUUAGGCAGCAAAUAGGUUUGGUGAAUCAAGAACCUGCCCUCUUUGCCACUACCAUCCGCGACAAUAUUUUGUAUGGGAAAAACGACGCAACUGCUGAAGAGAUAACACGUGCAGCCAAGCUAUCAGAGGCAAUCAACUUUAUUAACAACCUUCCUGAUAGAUUUGAAACUCAGGUGGGGGAGAGAGGAAUACAGCUAUCUGGUGGACAGAAACAAAGAAUCGCAAUAUCACGUGCGAUAGUGAAAAACCCUUCGAUCUUGCUGUUGGAUGAAGCUACUAGUGCACUUGAUGCAGAGUCCGAGAAGAGCGUUCAAGAGGCUCUGGACCGUGUAAUGGUGGGGAGAACGACCGUUGUCGUGGCUCAUCGUUUGUCCACCAUUAGACAUGCUGAUGUUAUAGCUGUCGUACAAAAUGGCGCCAUAGUUGAAACUGGCAGCCAUGAAGAGCUCAUCUCAAGGCCAAACAGUGCUUAUGCUUCUCUUGUUCAACUGCAAGAGGCAGCUUCCUUACAUCGCUUGCCAUCUCAUGGACAUGCAACGGGCCGACCUCUCAGCAUUCGGUUUUCAAGAGAGUUAUCCCGCACGACGAGAAGUCAAGGUGCAAGUUUUCGUUCUGAGAGAUCUCUAAGCCGAUUUGGUGGUGAUGCACCUGAGAUGGUCAAACCGGUGCAUAUCUCUUCAAGAAGACUGUAUUCCAUGUUGCGGCCCGACUGGUUUUAUGGGGUUUUUGGCAUGAUUUGCGCGUUCAUUGCAGGGGCGCAGAUGCCUCUUUUCGCGCUCGGUGUCACUCAGGCUCUUGUUUCUUACUACAUGGACUGGGAUACGACACGUCGGGAAGUUAGGAAAAUCGCAUUCCUCUUCUGUGGCGGUGCUGUUAUAACAGUCAUCGUUCAUGCUAUUACACAUCUGUGUUUCGGUAUCAUGGGAGAACGGCUUACGCUUCGUGUUAGAGAAAAGAUGUUUACGGCUAUGUUGAGAAAUGAGAUAGGAUGGUUCGACGACAUGAACAAUACGAGCUCCAUGCUUGCAUCACAACUAGAAAGCGACGCAACUUUACUGCGGACGCUAGUGGUUGACCGCUGGACCAUCCUCCUACAGAACGUAGGUCUAGUCGUUACCUCAUUCAUUAUAGCCUUCAUCUUGAACUGGAGACUCACUCUCGUUGUCAUCGCCACUUAUCCAUUGACUAUUAGCGGACAUAUUAGCGAGAAAAUUUUCAUGAAAGGCUAUGGUGUUGACUUGAACAAAGCGUAUCUCAAAGCAAACAUGCUCGCAGGAGAGGCCGUGAGCAACAUUCGGACUGUUGCAGCAUUCUGCUCGGAGGAAAAAGUACUUGAGCUCUAUUCUCACGAACUUAUCGAACCCUCUAAGAGUUCGUUUAGGCGUGGGCAGGCUGCAGGGAUAUUUUACGGAGUCUCCCAAUUUUUCAUCUUCACAUCCUAUGGUCUUGCCUUAUGGUAUGGUUCGACUCUCAUGGAGAAGGAGCUUGCUAGCUUUAAAUCAGUCAUGAAGUCGUUUAUGGUAUUGAUCGUAACGGCCUUAGCUAUGGGCGAGACGCUAGCUAUGGCGCCCGACCUCCUUAAGGGUAAUCAAAUGGUUGCAUCCGUGUUUGAAGUGCUCGACCGGAGGACUGAGAUCGUAAAUGAUGUUGGGGAAGAGAUCUCAAGAGUUGAUGGAACAAUUGAGCUCAAGGACGUCGAGUUUAGCUACCCCUCAAGGCCUAACGUUCUGAUUUUCAAGGACUUCAAUCUACGAGUGCAAGCCGGAAGAAGUAUGGCCUUAGUAGGUCAAAGUGGUUCUGGGAAAAGCUCCGUCAUUGCCCUUAUUCUCAGAUUCUAUGAUCCUACUUCCGGCAAAGUAAUGAUUGAUGGAAAAGACAUAAAGAAACUGAAGCUCAAGUCACUCAGGAAGCACAUUGGGCUGGUGCAGCAAGAGCCGGCUCUCUUCGCCACGUCUAUCUACGAAAACAUCCUUUACGGGAAAGAAGGAGCGACGGAAGGUGAAAUAAUCGAGGCGGCAAAAUUGGCUAACGCGCAUAGUUUCAUCGACGCCCUUCCGGAGGGCUACUCAACCAAAGUCGGGGAACGAGGGGUCCAACUCUCAGGCGGGCAGAAGCAAAGAGUGGCCAUCGCACGAGCCAUCUUGAAGAACCCUUCCAUCUUGCUGUUGGACGAAGCCACGAGCGCACUUGAUGUGGAAUCGGAACGUGUCGUCCAGCAAGCUCUCGACAGGCUGAUGAAGAGUAGGACGACGGUCGUGGUGGCGCACAGGCUGUCCACCAUCAAGAAUUCAGAUCAAAUAUCCGUGUUGCAAGAUGGGAGGAUUAUAGAGCAAGGGACUCAUUCCAGUCUGGUAGAGAACAAAGAUGGCGCUUAUUACAAGUUGAUCAGCCUACAGAGGCAGCAGCAACAACAAUACUAACUCUGACAAAACAGUACCCUUUAUGAAAUUAUACAGAUUUUUGUAUCUCUUACUAUUGUCAAAGUACGUAUGUUUCAUGCUAUAAUACAUGUAUCUAAGCAAUUGUUGUCCUUGUUGGGAUGUUGUGACGAAUUGAUGUACCAUUUUAAUUAUCACGCAUCGAAAUUGUUGUGUGUUCGAAUGCAAUAAGAAUUAA